UAGCGUCCUGGAAUUUUCACUUGUUUAAGUUCAAAAUCCAUUACACUUCCAUAGUGUUCCUGCAUCAAAAUCAUGAUAGCGUCCUGGAAUUUUCAAUUGUUUUAAGUUCAAAAUCCAAGGCAUGAUCAUAGUGUUUCCGCAUCAAAAUUAUGAUGGUAUAUUGGAUUUUUUACUUGUUUUAAGUUCAAAUCCAUCACACUGUCAUAGACUCGUAGUGUUUCCGCAUCAAAAUCAUGACAGAACCAGGACUUUUCACAUGUCAAAGUUCAAAAUCACGAGUUGAUUUUGUCACUAUUUAUGUAACAUAACUCACAUUUGUGUUGUUUGUGUACCAAAUAUUACAGGCAGUUCCAUUGUAUCUUUCAGAAAUGGCACCUGCAAAAGUAAGAGGAGCCGUGAACCAAUUGUUUCAACUAUCAACUUGUUUGGGAGUAUUAAUUGCCAAUUUCGUCAACUAUGCAACUGAUAAAAUCCAUCCAUGGGGAUGGCGAUUAUCUCUUGGCAUAGCAACAGUUCCUGCUAUACUCAUGUUUGUUGGUGGACUUUUCCUUCCCGAGAUGCCAAAUAGUCUCGUUGAACAAGGGAAAUUAGAGAAAGCAAGGCAAGUCUUGGAAAAAGUUAGAGGCACACCAAAAGUAGAUGCAGAAUAUGCUGAUCUAAUUGAUGCAAGCAACGCGGCGAGAGCUAUAAAACAUCCAUUCAGAAAUUUACUCUCGAAAAAAAAUAGACCACAAUUGGUGAUUGGAGCUAUAGCAAUUCCGGCAUUUCAACAACUAACCGGCAUGAACUCUAUUCUAUUUUAUUCACCUGUUAUUUUCCAGAGUUUAGGAUUUGGCUCUAGUGCAGCUUUGUAUUCAUCUGCUAUCACCGGUGGCGCGCUUGUUGUGGCUGCGCUUAUCUCGAUGGCACUUGUUGACAAGUUUGGUAGAAGAGCUUUUUUCUUGGAAGCUGGUGCUGAAAUGAUAAUAAUCAUGGUAGCAGUUGCCAUCACUUUAGCAUUGAAGUUUGGACAAGGUGUAGUACUCCCAAAAGGAAUUGGC